UCUGUAGUAUACGUGUGAAAAAAGCACUGGCUCGCGAACGAGCAUCACCAUGCUGGUACGAGUGUUUGUCUGCUUAUUUCGCACUUGGUUGUGUGUCUCGUUUUUUGGCUGGUUCGUCAUACCAGCUGCUGGGGAAACGGCACCAGCGCUGAACGAUUUGAAAAACACCACGACGGACGAGUCCGAACUAACGCUGCUCCGCAACGUGAUAAUCCCAGACCCGCACUAUGGCCACGUCAAAUCGGUGGGGGCGUGCUACUACUGCUUCGACAAGUUGCGGAACAACAUGGGCCUGGCGUCGACCGCAGAUCAGCUGGACGAGGCUGAUGCUGACGACAACGACGACGUCAACACAAGAACGGAGAAAAGAGCGCCAGUCUUUGAUGUUGCGACAGCGCAGGAGUCAAACUCAAAGAGUAACGAGUCAUCAAAAACCGCCUAUCGCUACUCAUCCAACGUGAUGCGCUAUGCGUUCAGCAAAAAACAACUUCUUCCCUUCUUCUACGGGCUUUCCACGGAUCGGUGGACGCGGUACCGGCGUCGGCUGAACAAACUGCACUGUCCCCCGUACGUGCUGCAGGCGUUGCAGUUGUUUCGCAACACGACCGAUUUCUUUCUAGAUCUCGGCGGCGACUUGGGGGAUUGCUCUGCGGCGGCCUUUUGGCGAAAACUCGUCAGGCGUGGCACGGUGAAUGUGGACGGCAGGGUAGCCGCCGUGCGGGCUUGGAAAGCGACUGCCGCAGCGUUCGCAGGCACGGGAAGCAGCUUGCGGAGCUCAGGUCAGUCCACCGAUGAGGUGCAACUACCCGUCUCGCUGCAGCCUUCACACCAAAUCUGGAAGCAACCCUUACUGCAGUCUUCAACGCUAGAACAGAAGAGAGCGACAAGCUUGUCUCAACCCGAGGUUGAGAGUCAUGAAGAGUCGCGUGCUUUCUUUCAAAAGCGCGCAAGCGCGUGGAAGACCGGGUGGGAGACACCCGAGAUGCAUUCCGUCGCAAGUAGCGCUCAAGACGAAGACCGUUGGUGGAGCUAUUCCGUGCGGGCCCGAUCCUCGUCCGCUUCGGACGCUGACAGCCUCCCUUUUCUCCUCGCGGGUGGUGCCUUUGUUCUGGGACCUGGCAGCGCCGUGGGAACGCUUCGCAGAUUUCCCGAGUCUGGCGAGAGCUGCGGCGGGUUUCCCGAGGCCUACUGUAAGGGCGACAACGCCUGCGGGGAGACGGCAAAUCGCUUUGUAGGAACAUGUCCUGUGGAGCGAUGGCAGGUUUGUAGCCGAGAUGCUGGGGGAGGUGGACGAGGCAAUAAAGCAACCACUGCCGAUGGAAAAGCACUCCUGGACGAAGAUGACGACUGCCUUGAGGUGGGUUCGGUCAAGAGUGUGGUUGACAAAGUUAUGGUUGCCGCAGCAAGACUCCAGCAACCAUCCCUGAAGAACAUCGGCAGCAGGACUUCUUAUUUCGGUUUGCGCGUGAAGCUAACCGGCUCGGACGUCUGGCCAGUGAUCCGCGACAUUCCGGACGAAUUUUUGAAUUGCAAAGGCACAAGUUCUGAUUAUCCUGCUGUGGCAAGCCCGCGGACAUCAUCACACGUUUCAUCUCACUCGUCGGCUGUAUCACAGCCCUGUAUCCGAUGGUUUUCUCUGGAGGAUGUUUUCACGGUCUCCACCGCGGACGCGAAGCAGUUCAUCCACAAGCUCUUUGUCCAGCACGACUUCGCGAUGGUCCGCUUCCGGACCCAGCGCGAGAGCACGGUGAUGAGCCUACCCUGUGUACCGUUCCACAACUGGAAGCGGUGCAAUGUGCGCGACGUGCUCGCGAUCAAUUGCGCGCCCGCGGCGGAAAAUAUCGUAGAUAAUGCACACGAAGAACCACCGGUGGCGGUAGGCAAGAGCUGGCAUCUGGCUGCCAGUCUUAGCAAGCUACUGAGCCCGGAGGAGCAUGCAGCCACCAACCGAACGGCUCUGGAAAAACUGGUCUACCGGAAGAACAUUCGUAGGAAACAAGGUGAAAAACCAGAUGCCGCAAGUGCGUCGUUUACUCUCAAUGACGCAAAAACCACUUCAUUUACCAAACAGUGCCUUCAAAACUUUCCGCAGCUGAAAGCAGUACAAAAACUUGAUCCCAGCGGUAUCCGUAGCUACGUUUCGGAAAUUUCG